AUGGGCGAGCGGCGUUGCGCGGCCGUGCGGGUGCUGGUGCUGCAGGCGGCCUGGGCGCUGGCGGGCGGGCAGGUGCGGUACUCGGUGCCGGAGGAAGCCGAGGCCGGCACGGUGGUGGGCCGUCUGGCGCAGGACCUGGGCCUGGAGGCGGGCGAGGCGGAGGCGCGGCGGCUGCGGCUGGUGGCGCAGGGCCGGCGGGCGAGCGUGGAGCUGAGCGGGGCGAGCGGCGCGCUGCUGCUGAGCUCGCGGCUCGACCGGGAGCAGCUGUGCGCCAAGAGCGCGCCGUGCGCGCUGCGCCUGGAGGUGCUGCUGGAGCGGCCGCUGCGCGUCUUCCAUGUGGAGCUGGAGGUCACCGACAUCAACGACAAUGCCCCCGUCUUCCCCGCCCAACGGAAAAACCUCAGCAUCGCGGAACUGACCACUCUGCCGGGGUCUCGUUUCCCGCUGGAGGGGGCCUCGGAUGCGGAUAUCGGAGCGAACGCGCAGCUCUCCUACACACUCAGCCCCAGCGAGCAUUUCUCUCUGGAUAUACAAAAAUCGAAUGACGGAAAUAUUGAACCUGAACUCGUUCUAACGAAAUCUCUGGACCGCGAGACGAUUCCCGUGCACCGGUUGGUGCUGACGGCGAGUGACGGGGGCCGGCCGUCUCUGACAGGGACAAUGGAGCUGCUGAUCUCGGUGCUGGACACGAACGACAACGCGCCCCAGUUCAACCAGUCCGUGUAUAAAGUGCAGCUGCUCGAGAACGCUACAGAGGGCACGCUGGUGAUGAGGGUGAACGCCUCGGAUCCGGAUGAGGGAAUUAACAGUGAGGUGACCUAUGCCGUAACGAAUUUCGUUCCUCCAAGUGGAAGAGAUGUGAUUUCCAUCAAUCCAAAGACCGGGGAGAUUCACCUCACGGGUGCUCUAGAUUUUGAGGAAGUCAAAGUAUUUGAUUUUCGUAUUGAGGCGAGAGAUCAAGGUUGGGCCCCGCUGUCGGGUCACUGCAAGGUGGUGCUGGAGGUGCUGGACGUGAACGACAACGCGCCGGAGGUGUGGGUGACGUCGCUGUCGGUGCCGGUGGCGGAGGACGCGCGGUGGGGGACGGUGGUGGCCGUGCUGAGCGUGUCGGACCGGGACUCGGGGGCGAACGGUCGCGUGCGGUGCUGGGUGUGGCCGGCGUCGCCGUUCGGUCUGGAGGCGACGUUCGCGGGCUCGUACUCGCUGGUGCUGCGCGAGGCGCUGGACCGGGAGCGGGUGUCGGAGUACGAGCUGGAGGUGCGUGCGGAGGACGGCGGGGCGCCGGCGCUGCGCGCCAGCCGCGGGCUGCGGGUGCCGGUGUCGGACGUGAACGACAACGCGCCGGCGUUCGCGCAGGCCGUGUACACGGUGCUGGCGCGGGAGAACAACGCGGCGGGCGCGGAGCUGGCGCGGCUGUGGGCGCGGGACCCGGACGAGGCGGGCAACGGGCGCGUCAGCUACUCGGUGUGGGAGGGCGGCGUGGCCGGCGGCGGGGCCGCGCUGCCGCCGUCGUCGUCGUCGUGGUCGGGGCCCGGCUGGCGCCCGGCGUCGAGUUACGUGUCGGUGGACGCGGAGAGCGGGCUGCUGUGGGCGCUGCAGCCCUUGGACUACGAGGAGCUGCAGGUGCUGCAGUUCGAGGUGCGCGCGGUGGACGCGGGCGAGCCGCCGCUGUGCGGCAACGCCACGGUGCAGCUCUUCGUGCUGGACGAGAACGACAACGCGCCGGCGCUGCUGCCGCCUGCGGGCUCGGCGCCGGAGGCGGGCCCCGUGCCGGCCGAGGCGGCGGCGGCGGCGGGCUCGGGCACGCUGUGGGCGUGGGCGGCGUGGGGGGCGCCGGCGGGGCAGGUGGUGGCCAAGAUCCGCGCCGUGGACGCCGACUCGGGCUACAACGCGUGGCUGCGCUACGAGCUGUGGGAGCCGAGGGCCAAGGGCCCCUUCCGCGUCGGCCUCUACAGCGGCGAGGUGAGCACGGCGAGGGCGCUGGACGAGGCGGACGGCCCUCGCCACACGCUGCUCAUCGUUGUGCGCGACCACGGCCAGCCGGCGCGCUCGGCCACGGCCACGCUCAGCGUGUCGCUGCUCGAGGCGGCCGAGGCGGCGCUGGCCGCGGCCGCGGCAUCCUCCUCGUCGGCGGCUUCGGCCUCGUCGUCGUCGCGGGCGGCGGUGGGCGCGGAGCUGGCGCCCGGUGCGGCCAGCGCGGCCACCAACGUGUGGCUGGUGGUGGCCAUCUGCGCCGUGUCCAGCCUCUUCCUGCUGGCCCUGGUGCUCUACGCGGCGUCGCGCUGGGCGCCGCGGGCGGCCGUGCUCUCGGCGCCCGGGCCCACCACGCUGGUGUGCGCCAGCGAAGUGGGCAGCUGGUCCUACUCGCAGCGCCACAGCCGCAGCCUGUGCGUGGCGGACGGCGCGGCCAAGAGCGACCUCAUGGUUUUCAGCCCCAACUUCCCUCCGCCGCCGCCCGGCCCCGCCGCCAAGGACACGCAGCCGGAGCCCUCCGCUCUCCUCCACACGGUCAGUGCUCCUCCCCUGCUCGCCUUUACUCUUUCUCUCCUCCCUCUGCCCACUCUCUCCCGCCCCCUGGCCAGUUCCUCUUUGUACCGCGGCUCCGCUCCCCCCGUCCUGACGGUGCUGUAA